AGCGUGCGAAUUGCGUUACCUCCCUUUCCGUCGAACUCUCUUACCGGAAAUCAUACUUCACGAUCGUCUGUCAACUCCUCUUUUUCCUAAAACCCCUCUGUGAUCUAUCUAGACGGAAACGGUAGUUUGCAGAAUGUAAAAAGCCAUACAACAAUGUAUAUAUAGAAGUGCUGACGUUAAGGGGAUUUCUGAGGCUCGAUCAACACAACUAAAGUUGAGCAAGGAUGCCUGCUAGGAGCCCACCACCCCUGGUGACAGGGGUGUCACCCAAGGAAGGACCCCCAGGCACACGCAUCACAAUAAGAGGGGAGAACCUGGGAUAUGAUAUCAAUGACCUCAUAGGACUAAAGAUUUGUGGUGUUGAUUGCUUGUUGUCGUCGGAAUGGAAAUCUCCGAGUAAGAUAAUUGCUCGGACUGGUCCAGGCAAGGGAAAAGGUGAUGUCAUCGUGAUCACAAAGUCUGGUGGACAGGGAAGCUGUACUGUAGGGUUCAAAGGCUACUUUGUGCAGAUAGGUCCUCUGCAAGAGUCUGCCAUUUGGAUCGAUGAAUCACAGAGCGUAAUGACCACUAUGCGUCAUGGACGUCCGCAGUCGCCUAUAUUCUCCAAGGACGAUGAAGACCCUCUUGGAAUCUCAGAUGAAGGCAGUCAUGCUAAGUUUACAGAAGAGGAGUUGGCAGAGAUAUUUCCAGAAUCCUCGGGAAACAUGUCCCUGGAGAACUUCUCACCGUCCUGGUUUCUACUGGAGAACCAUCACAAUACAGGUUUUGAGGACCUUAAGGCUGGUCUGGCACACAUGAAGAGACGAGCUACCCAGAGAUCAGAGGGUCCAAUUGCUUUUGUUAAAUCUAACCUCUCAUCCACACUAGACUGCCUGGACAGCCUGGAAGCUAUGUAUGAGAAAUACUGUUGUGACGAUAUUCGAGGCCAGUCCAUCAACUCCUAUGCUGUCCUGCUCAUGCAGGCGAAGUCCUGUGCAGAUGGCUUGUUCCAAGAAGUACUGGGAAGGAAAGACAAAGCUGACUCAACAAGAAAUGCUCUCAGUGUCCUUCAGCGAUUUAGGUUUCUUUUCUAUCUCCCCCUCAAUAUUGAGAGAAAUAUCCAGAAGGGCGAUUACAACCUCGUCAUCAAUGACUAUGUGCGAGCCCGAUCUUUAUUUGCUGAUACUCAAGUCCAAGUGUUCAGGAAAGUGUAUACAGAGGUUGAGUCGAGGGUGAACUCCUUCCGUGAAAUGUUACAGAACAAGUUGUAUGAGUUACCUAACACGCUGGAGGAGCAGAAAAAACUGAUACGAUACCUGAACAACCUUGAGUGUCCAGGUGAUCCGGCCUGGGAAUGUCUCAUCAAUCAACAGAAAUGGCUCCUCAACAUCCUACACAAGUGUAAGGAUCAGCAUAUUGAUGAAGAAAUGAGGUGUGUACAAACAGAAGGUGAGGCCCCAGGGAACAUCCUUCGCAGUCCAGGUUACAACAAGUUCCGUACUCCACAGAAAGUGUCGUUUAUAGAGGAACUGACUGAGCUGGUUACAGACAAUUUCCCAGACCUCUGGAAACUUGGACAGGCAUUCUUUUCAGGUUCCUUGUUUACUAAAGAGUCUGGUGAAAAAACUUUUAAGGUAGAUGCGGCCAAACAUAGCAAAUUUAAGCAAAUGAUCACAGGAAUCAUAGCUGUGUUUGCUAACCUUGUGCGAGCCUCAUUUCUGCCUGAAUCUCUGGAAAAUAUUCCCUCUGAAGAACGUGCCCAAUACGGGGUUUGGCACAGUUCUAAACAAGACAUCUCUGGAGCUUGGCUUCCUAUCUGUGUCCGCUACAUAAGAAACUGCGUAAGCUCCUUGACACAGUUAGAUCUACCGGGAGAUUCGUCAAGUCUGGUUACUGACCUGGCACUGGACAUGAGGACUAACUGUAUGUUCACUCUGCUGAGACAGGCCAUAGCUGACGUGCAGCAACUCCACACCAAAGAAACAUGGAUGGUUGAGACCGAUGAUGAGUCUGGAGGCACCACACAACUGCCUGCAUUAUUUGAGAACAUUGUGAAUGAAACCAUCCAACAUCUACAUGAAGUAGUGGUCCAAAACAAGGCAGGGGAACCGGAAAUAUUUAGCCAAAGGAUUGUACAGAAGGAUGCUACAACACUAUGUACACAGCUGUUGCAGGCCUUUGACCCCUGUCUCAACUGUCUGGCUUUCACCCCACCACCUGUUACCAACUCCAAUAAAAGAUCCAACCGACCUAACCGAUCGUCUGACCCUAACGUAGAUGUGAGUGAGGAGGGUGUCUUACCACUGGAUAAAAGACUAAUCAUCAUGCUCAGCAACUGUAACCAUACAAUGGAGAGAGUUCUACCGCGACUCGUGGAAAAUCUCAACAAGCUCGGCUACGUGGAAAUGAACAGAGCAUUAAAGACGGCAGAGUCGACGUACCAGGAGUUGGACGAUAAGCUGUUUGAGGCAUACGUGGAGGAGAAAUCGAACCCAAUAGUCGGCACCAUGGAACAAAACAUGUACAGUGGCAAGUUUGAUUGGAAGACUUGUAAAAAACCAUAUGGAGUCAGAAAUUACCUGAAGGAGGUCAUAAUGCAAAUGAUAGAAGUCCAUGCUGAGGUAUUUGCUGUUUCCCCGGCGUUCGUAACCAGAGUAACUAAGAAUGUGAUAGAGGCUGUCGCUGAGGAGAUGUCACGACUCGUGGAAUGUAUCACUGAGUUCUCACCUAAUGGUGUACUCCAGGCCAGACUGGAAGUACUCGCUCUUCAGCAGACAGUACAAUUGUACCAGACCCCUCAUGCAAGUGAGUGUUUCCAGGAAGCCCUAGAUGCCCUACCUGCCAUCAAACAGGAUGACAAGAGAAUUGUUGAAGAAUUACUGAACAAAUUUAAAUCCCAGAUGAAAAUUCAGCUGAUGUGCUUCUACAGUGACAGUUUACUGUGUGACAGAAAUUCCAGCACUGCUUGAUCCUAGUCAUUCAAAUGUUUGAAUCUUGUGAUGAUCUUAUUAUUAUUGCAAAGGCUUCUCAUGAUCUAGAUUUAAGAUAUUUAUCUGCAAUUUUAAGACUAUUAAUUUUGUUGUUGGAUAAAUGAGCAAGUGAAAGGCAUUGCUGCAAAUUCAACAUGGAAGGAUACAAACAUUCUUUUGGUUGAUUCAAACAUUUUUCUGCCCCUACUAUUUUAAAGAGGGGCAUAUUUACACCCAUGUCUAUACACCUGCCCCAUUCCAUUCCGAAUCUGACAUGUUUUGAGAACCCCUCCACAGAUUUGGUUCAUAUUUACCACAGGGACUGGUAGCGAAUUGUCAAUCUUAACUUUGUAGAUAAAUCGGUGUUUAAUUCUACAUACAUGUUAAGGUGGUCGAUUUGCUACCAGUCCCUAUCCGACUCUCCAAUUACAGAUUAAUCUGUUAAGUCUUCGUUUAGAUUCCUACAGAAGCUAUCACUCAUUUAGCUAAUUACUGUGAUCAUGUACACUUAUAGUUCGAUUCUGAUUCUCUUGGUCAGCUUUGAGGUUUGAUGGCAUUUAAUGUAUGUGGUGUACAAUAUUUCAUAAUGUUAAUAAUUUAUGUAUUGAUGUAGUAAGAAAAGUCACGUGAUCAUUAUGGUUCCAUUCCAUGUAAGGUGCAAUAAAGUGAUUGUAUACAUUGUCA